AUGUCGAACCGCGUCAGAGAAGAACUCAACACCGCAAAGUUCGGAUGGUUCCACAUCAAGGCCAUUCUUGUGGCCGGGAUCGGAUUCUACACCGAUGCAUACGACCUCUUCAUCAUCGGCAUCGCCAAGCCCAUGAUGGCAAUCGUGUACUACCCGCACCUCAACGGAAAGCUGAACAGAAAUGACGACCUGUGGAUCACCGGUGUGGCCCUCGUCGGCACUCUCAUUGGUCAGGUGUUCUUCGGCUUCCUUGGAGACUAUCUGGGACGCAAGAAGGUGUAUCUACUGACGCUGCUCAUCAUGAUUACGGCCACUAUUGGCCAGUGCUUCGCUGCCUCUACUGUCAAGGGCAUCGGGAUGGUGGCAGAGCUCUGCAUCUGGCGCUUCAUCCUGGGCAUUGGAAUUGGCGGUGACUACCCGCUGUCUGCCACCAUUGCCUCCGAGUACUCCUCCUCCAAAUGGCGCGGCGCAUUCGUUGCAUCCGUGUUUGCCAUGCAGGGAUUCGGCAUCCUGUCGGCGGCCAUCGUCUCUGUGGUCACCAUUUCCUGCUUCAAGAACAGCAUUAUCAAUUAUGACAUCAACUACCUGGACUAUGUAUGGCGCAUCAUCAUUGGGUUUGGAGCCAUCCCCACCGUUCUGACCAUCUACCUCAGGUCUCGCCUGCCGGAGACCCCCCGCUUCUCCCAAGAUGUUGAGAGGGACGAGGCCAAGGCACUGAAGAACACAAUGGCGGUGAAGGCCAACGAGGCAGACUUUGUCGAGGACUACACCGUCAGCUCCAAGAUGGACCGCAUCUCUGCCAAGUCCCUCCACCGCUACAUGACCUUCCCAAGCAUCCUGCGCAACAGGAACCUCUGGGUGCUCUUUGGAACUGCCUCCACCUGGUUCCUGCUGGACAUUGCCUUCUACUCCCAGAACCUCUUCCUGCCCAACAUCCUCGAGGGCAUCGGCUACAACCCCAGCAUCAACCUGCCCGCUGCCAAGUGUGUCAAGGCGCACAACUGCCCCCAGUACAACCUCCCGAUCCCUCCCUUUGGAGGCAACUACACCUGUACCGGCAAGUGCGCAGAGCAAGUGUAUGACAAGAUGUUCAAGACCGCGGCAGGCAACGCUAUCACCGCAUGCCUCGGCACCGUUCCCGGCUACUGGUUCACCGUCGCCUUUAUUGACACUAUCGGCCGUGUCAGGAUCCAAUACAUGGGUUUCACCAUCAUGACCGUCAUUCUGAUCAUCCUGGCAGCAGCCAUUACCCAGAUCAAGGCAGUGUCUGUCUGGCUCUUCAUUGUGAUGUAUGCCCUGACGUUCUUCUUUGCCAAUUUUGGCCCCAAUGCAACCACCUUCGUCACCCCUGUGGAGCUCUUCACAACCAAGUACCGCUCCACUCUGCACGGCAUCUCUGCAGCCUGCGGUAAAGCUGGCGCUAUUGUGGGAGCAUUCGGAUUUGGACAGCUCUUCCUUUCUGCCGGUAUUUCAACAACGCUUGCAAUCCUGGCAGCCACAAACUUCCUGGGCCUUUGCUGCACAAUCUUUGUUCCUGAGACCAAGGGCAUGCACCUGGAAGACGCUGCGCUCCACUCCAAAUCCCACUUCGGCCAGAUGCUCUCCAGCUGCGGCAUCGAGCAGGUGAAUCCUGCCAUUGAGGACAUGGCGGCAGAAAACAACACCCCAGCUGUGGCUGGCCUCAAGGAGCAGAAGCUGGAGGCCUGA